AUGACCGUCAACGUCUGCCCGACCACCACUGAGACCAUGUCGAUCGUGCCCACCCUCCACCUGGAGCCUGGGAUGAGUCAUCCUCAUUCACUUGGGGCUGGCCCGAGCUCACGACCUUUCCCUGGGUAUCCUUCUCCCUCCACGACUGACACCCCAUAUGGCCCACCUCCCCAUUCCAUCCAGCUCAACCUGGAAGACGCUCUCUUCUCUCUCCUGCCUGACUGCCUCGCCCACUUCCAGCUGGGGCAGGAAGUGCAACACGGGUUUCAUCCAGUGUUGCAACACCGGUCGGUGACACGUCGAACCCGGAUAUUCUCAGUUUGGUGGGUGAUCUGCUCGACAACGUGGCAGGCCUCAUCGGCAUUGGCUGUAAACCCAUCGUUGGCGGGAAUGUCUGCUCGAACUCCUCUGUGUGCUGUGAAGGUGACAUCUUCGGCAAGUCUCUAUUGCAUUGUCGUUCAUGGCAAAACAUGCUUAUGCACGUUCUCUACCAGCAGCUUGAUCAGCAUCGGCUGCAUGGCUGUCAACAUCAAUCUCUAG